CUGCAAUGUUCUGACGCGGGUGACCAGAAGAAAAAUCCUAGUCUCAUGCGCGACUACAGCGGUCUCCUUUGCAAAAGCGAGCUGUGGACGUUGGUGCAUUUGUUGGAUGCGAUUAAUACAGAAGUUCAAGUUCAUCCUAAUGCGGAGGUUGCUGCAGAAGUUACAAAUACAGCUACUGCAGCUAGGCCUGGCAAGGAGGUGGAGGUUGGCGAAGAAGACUGGAAUGAGAAGCAGGGGACUGGGAUGAUUUUAUGCCCCAGAAUAGAAACAGAGGAAAGUAGAGCACUCAUUUCGUAUCCCUAUGGUUCCUUCAAGAAAAGCAUAUCUUUGUUCAGUUAUUUGAAUACAAGGGGGGGAUUGGAGUGAGUUUUUAGCAGUUUUUUUAUGCAGUGCAUAAGAUGCUAAAGGAGGCGAGAUUGAUGAUUUUUCAAGAUAUCCUACUACGCUUGAGAAGGUAUUCUACUCCUAUAGAGUUCAUACGCAGCGCAUCAUGAAUAGACCAGGUCACUAGAAUAGACUAGAUGUCCUAGAGGUAAUUACUGCGCUUAACUAGUUCAUUAGUAGACUACUCAACUCUUCCUACAUACGAAAAGGAGGAAGCGCUACGAGUACUUUCUUCGAUUUUCUAAGAGUAGAAGGCUUACUAAAUAAGUACUAGACUCAUACUGAUGCGUAUAGGGUUAGGGUUAGGAACUAGUCAAGAUCAUCUUCUAAUUACAGAUGAUAUCUGGGUCGCUUUCCGCCUAAUCUCGUCGCCCCGGAAGUUCUUGCUGCCUGAGGAUGAGAAGAAGACAGCGCUUUUGUUAAGGCCCC